AUGUCAAUCAACUCGUCACCACUAUCCUCACCACCGCCAAUGUCACCCACAAGGGAUUCUUCUGUCUCCGAUGACUCCGGGGAUCUGGAAAGAUCCGAGGAUAUGGAUGAUCGUAGUGGGAGUGACAACCAUAGUGACUUUGAUAAUAUUCCUUCUGAUAAUCAUUCUAAUAAGCAGAAGAGAAAUCCGUUCAAGAAGCAGAGAACUAUCGAUUCGAGUGAUGAUGAUGAUGAUGUUCCGACAGGCAGUAACAAACGCGGCAUUCACGGUACCCCUCCAGGCACAUACCCAACUCAGCCCAGGCAAAGCAUCUCUCAUCGCCCCACACCGGGAACUUCUCAACUGCCUAACACUCAACAACCUAGACAGCACCUUCUACACUCCAAAUCAACCGUUAAAAACAAUGUUAAAGUUACUACAACCACCAAGGUUUCAAAGCCUUCAGAGAAAUUAGCAGUAGCACCACAACCACCAACCCAUACACCACCUCUCCAAAAGAGAGAAUUGGAUGAGGUACAAGAACGUAAAGAAAGACACGCUCGACAACUCCAAGAGAAGCAACAGCGUGACAAAGAGAAGCUGGCUAAAGCAAAGGAUAAAACUGAUGCUCUCAAAGCAGACAGAGCUCAACGAGCUGGUUUGAAGGCGGAGACUAAGGAGGGUAAAGAUGGUCACCCAAAAUUAGAUAAUACAGAUACUACACAACCUACGCACCCUCCCCAACAACCACAGCAACCACAGCAAGCACAGUAUCCGCCCAAAACAGAGGUGAAAAAGGAAGUGAAAAAAGAAAUCAAGGAGAUGCCCAGCUUCAAGAAAAACAAACCAACAACACAAUCGCCGUCUUCUACCUCAGGUAAAACGACACCGAACCACCUCGACCUGAACGACCUCUUCAAACUCACAGAGAGCAAUGUCGACGUUAAAGCGAGCCAGGCAGCCAAGAAACAGAAAGAGGAUAAAGCGCGCGGUGAAGAUAAGGAGAUACGCAGACGCAAGGAGGAGUAUAUGCGACAGCUUGAUUACAUGCUCCAAAACAGCACCGUGCACAGCUUCAUGGACGACAGAGACCUCAUGUCAGAAUGGGAUAAAAGUUUUACUGCUCAUACGGUACCCUACCCUUAUGCAAACUUUAUGGGCAUGUAUGGCAUCGACUGGUUUAAACUCGGUCCACCAGGUUUUUCGAGUGAGAUGAUAGAGCAGUAUAAUCGGGACAACCCGUUGUAA